GACCCCUCGCCCCCAGUUAUCUGAUAGUCAUUAAUUGUUAAAAGCGAUCGUCUUCGCCUCGCAAUCCAUCUGGACAUUUCUCAUCUUCUAUCCCGCAACUCAGUGCCUCUCGCUACCAUAUCCACACGCCAAUUGACCCAUCGUUUGUCAAGGUACCCCUUCACCUCGAUCAUUACUAUUCACCAUGGGUUCCAUCGCGCAGGACCUUCCCUACAUCAAGACCAACCCCAAGAUCAUCUUCUUCACGGACUUUGAUGGAACUAUCACCAUCGAGGACAGCAAUGACUACCUGUCGGACAACCUGGGGAUUAGAGUGGAGAAGCGCCGCGAGUUGAACAUGGCUGUUAUUGAUGGGCGAAUGACCUUCCGUGACAUGUUCCGACAGAUGCUGGAAAGUAUCAACACCCCCUUCGACGAGUGCAUCCAGAUCCUGAAGACGCACAUGAAGCUCGAUCCUGGCUUCAAGGCCUUCUACGAGUGGGCCAAGGAACACAACGUGCCCAUCGUGAUCCUCUCCUCGGGCAUGAUCCCCAUCAUCAAAGCGCUGAUUGAGGUCAUGUUGGGUCCCGAAACGGACAACAUCACCAUCGUGGCCAACGAAGUCGAGAGCCGCAAUGGCAAGGACAUCAACAGCGAGGGCGGAUGGCAGAUCAAAUACCAUGAUGACAGUCCCUUCGGUCACGACAAGUCCCUUGAGAUCAAGCCGUACGCUGCGCUCCCGGCGGGUCAGCGUCCCACCCUCCUGUAUGCUGGAGAUGGCAUCUCCGACCUGUCCGCAGCGCGUGAAACAGAUCUUCUCUUUGCUAAGGAGGGCAAGGAUCUAGUUCUGUACUGCGAGAGGGAGGGAGUUCCCUACACUACUUUCCGGGAUUGGUCGACAAUCCUUGCAACGACGAAGCAAAUCUACGACGGAACUACGAGCGUUGAGCGCGUCGCCAAGGAAGCCUCCAACGCUAGCAGUGAGAACGUGAACACUGUCAAAGUUUGAAUGAGACCCGGCAGGAUAUCGGGCUCUUGAUACGAUCGUACAUAGAUAGUGAUGAUUCCAGUUAGACCCUGCUUCCCUCCUUGAUUAGAUAAUGAUUAUUAUUGAUGAUGAGAGGUUUGAUAUCUCCGAAGGAUAUAUAUAUGAUUACGAGGACAAUACUUGCUUUUUUCACUCGGUUAGUCGUGUGGAAGACGUGCGGUCUCAGCACAUCUGCUACCGCGUCGAGUCAAAUCGGCAUUGGCCUUGUUGUGGCGAAGGAAUAAUGGCAAACGUUCUGGACAUAUGAGAGGAGAAUAUUCACCACUACUGUUGCUACCACCUACACUAUGUAUAUAGGAUAAACCCGUAUCGAUCUUAGAUAUGUUUUAGCCUGUCAUCGCCUUCAAUGCAGUACACUGAAUG